AUGGGGGAAUCGCAGAGUAUUCAGGAUUGUUCCAAGUUUGGAGCUUUUGUUGACAGGAUUCCUGGUGCUGAAUUGCGCAAUGUUGGUGACAUGGGGAUCCACUACAUGAGUGGUAGUACUUCACAGGCAGGCGGGGCUAAGAUGAGAAGGCCAUUGCCUUCUCCACGGUUCACAAUGUAUGAUUCUGCGAUGAUUGAAAGCAAUAAGAGUGUUGUGGAGUUCCCUAGUGAUGGUCUACCUGACGAGCAGUCGUUAGCAUCUGCUUUUGGGGACAUGAGCUUCAAGAAUUAUACAGCUGAUUCUCUCACAAGUACCAGAGAUUUUCCGCCAGUAAAUGGGUACUAUGCAUCUGGCCCUGCAAAUUAUCACUCAGGGAUUACGCCUCCAGAUGUUACAUUGAACCCGUUGCUUGUGCCUGCAAUUGUUCAAGAUGAUUUGACGUUCUGUGCUGAACAUGUUAAUGAGAAACCAGACGAACUAACUGUUGGACACCAAGAACAAGCUUACAGAUUUCCACCACACUUCGAGAAUUUCUCAAGGGGCUCAGUGAUGCACAACCUGGAUAUUUUUUCCAGUGAUCCUUACCACCAAUCUGCUUUGUCAACUUCACCCAUCGAGCAGCAGUUUUAUCUGGAUGUACAGUCUCAGCUGUAUGCACCUUAUAGUCAGCCAUUUGAUUCAAACAUCAUGUGGCAGCAUGGUACAGAAACACCAAGACACACGAUGCUGCAACCACAUUAUGUUUGCCCACAGUUGCAACAGGUUGCUGGGUCAGAUGUUCGUCGAAGUAGGAGACAUCAACAGGCUGCAGCUUGCACUUCUGCAAACGGCACAUCACAUAUUGAAACACCUAAUAUUCAUCGACAGGGAAUGGGAAUUGAGGAUCCUUACUCUAAUGGUGCUGCCUUUCAGAAGAGAAAUACCCAGCUGACCAGUUUUCAUUGCACAUUGUCUGCUGACAGUCCAUGUGGCAGUAGUAACUUCCGUCAGCAAGUUGACAAGUUUUACUCUUUGUCUAAUGGUUUCUCACGCCAUCAGAUUUCAGAUAAUAUCAGCAUUGUAAGUUAUCCAGAAAAGCUGCGGAUGAGGGCUGAUGGGGCAAAUUCAGUAAGUACCAAGAGUACUCCUGUAGAUGGUUGCAUUGGUAGGGAUGGAAGAACUAGUAGUGCACAUAACCAUCUUGAUAUUCAUAGUAACUAUUCAUUGCACCCCGACAGACCAAACUCCCAGCUUCUGCCCUUGGUCAUGAAACCAUGUGAGCUGAAUUAUAAUUCAGUUGACGAAGUUGCUGGGCGAAUCUAUAUGUUGGCUAAGGAUCAGAAUGGCUGCCGCUUUCUGCAAAAAGUAUUUGCUCAAGGCAGCCAAGAGGAUGUCAAAAGAGUCUUUGCUGAAAUAAUUGAUCAUAUUGGUGAACUUAUGGUCGAUCCAUUUGGCAACUAUUUAGUGCAGAAACUGCUUGAAGGGUGCAGUGAUGAUCAACGGAUGCGCAUAUUAUGUGAAGUUACUAAAACGCCUGGAGAUCUUAUAGCAGUUUCUUGCAACAUGCAUGGGACUCGUGCAGUGCAAAAGAUAAUUGAAACUGUAAAUAAUCCGGAUCAAGUUUCUAAGGUUGUGUCUGCAUUGAGUCCUGGAGCAAUGCAUUUGAUGCUAGAUCCUAAUGGCAGUCAUGUUGCAAACCGAUGCCUGCAGAAACUGUUACCGGAGUCCAAAGCGUUCCUUCUUGAUGCUGCUACAUUGCACUAUCUUGGACUAGCAACACAUCAACAAGGCUGUUGUAGCAUUCAAAAAUGCAUCGAACAUUCAGAUGAUGAACAGAAGUUCAACUUGUUAAGCAAUAUUAUAUCCAGUGCUCAAACCCUUGCCGAUGAUCGAUUUGGGAACUACGUUAUUCAGUCAAUUCUCAACCACGGCAUUGAAUGGGCGACAUCGAAAAUAGUUGAUGAGCUGGAGGGUCAUUUUGGGUAUCUGUCAAUUCAGAAAUGUGGUAGCCAUGUGGUGGAAAACUGUCUGAAGCGAGCGCCCCAGCACAUGCGUGACAAAAUCAUCCAAGAACUUAUCAACGAUCCCAAGUUGCAGCAUAUUAUGGUGGAUCAGUACGGCAAUUUCGUUAUUCAAACAGCUCUUGAACAUUGCAAGGGCUGCUACAUACCACCUUUGUCGAGGCCAUUAGGCCACACGCUGCUGCAAUGCAAAGCCACAUGUAUGGGAAAAGGGUUCUAUCAAAAACAUACCUCAAGAACAAGCAACACCGAGUUGGAGUUUUGUAGCCAUCCGCACUUAUACCAGGAAGAGCUCUGA